AUGAAGUCGCUCUCCACCUCCCUCGUCUCCGUCGCCCUCUUCGUCGCUGCUACCAGCGCCCAGCUCACGCUCAACACCCCCAACCCCCCUACGCAGUGUGUCCCUGUCCAGAUCACCUGGACUGGCGGAACUGGUCCCUUCUUUUUGGUGAGUCAAAUUUGCGGAUAUAUCAACCCUGCCAACCAGCCUGGCGCCACUGCUCUGCAGCAAUACCCUAACCUUCAGUCGAGUCCAUUCACCUGGAGCACGAACAUCACCGCGAACACCGCCAUUGGCUUCACGAUCACUGACUCCACGGGUGCUCAAGGGCAAACUGCUCCUGUCACGAUCCAGAGCGGCCCCGAUAGCAGCUGCUUGAACGGUGGCUCCGCCAGUUCUUCAGCUGCGGGCGGUAGCUCGACCGACAGCACUGGUGCGACUUCCACAGCGGCCUCCACUGGUGCGACCUCCACUGGUGCGACGUCAGGCGCCGCCACCAGCGGCACCGCGACCUCUGCCGGCAGCACCUCUUCCGGCUCGAAGUCCGCUUCGGGUUCUUCCACCUCGUCUUCCACUGCGGCCGCCGCGACCGGCUCCAACGGUGCUUCUGGCAGCGCCGCGUCGGUCGGCGUCGUCGGUGUCCUCGGUGCGCUCGCCGCCGCUUUCCUCGCCUAAACAGCGGGACGUGCCUGCCCGGUCGCGAGCGGCGCGGCUGCAAAACGACUAGAUUUGGUGCUUCGAACUUUAUCCCAGAGAGACUCUGCCCGCCCCGGCCACCCCCGACCGAUAGCCCACCCUCCUUGCGCUACGCUAUCCGCUCUGUCACCCUACCCUCCGCCCCCACCGUCGUCCUACCGUUGCGCCUUCGCUCCCGUAUUCCCCCGACGUGUAUUGUUCUUUUAAUCGACCACGACCGCUGGCCUUUUUUCCUGUGACACAUCCUAGGCCUCGUUGACGGCCGUCCGCCGAUGAGGCGGAUGGUACCCGUGUUCUGCGAGUUCCUUUGACCAGUCCUUUCUCCGCUGCUUGAACUCUUUUCUUCUGGGAUUCGUAUGCCUCGGACCGAUGUUGUAGCCGUUUAUAUACCUGCAAUGAACGCUAUGACCUAAGGCUAUGCGAUCGUGUGCAUUGGAAUUCGGGCUUAUCGGGUGGAUGUGAGAUAGAUGCAGACUUUUGACGGCAGUGGCAUAUCAUAGCAUG